UUUUUGUUUUUCAACAUUCAAAAUUUUCACUUCACUCUCUAUCUUCAAUUCUUUCCCUCCCCCUCUCUCUCCAGCAAGUAAUGGAAACGAGCAGAGCGCAGCAGCAGCAAAAUCAGGCAGAAUCCCUAGUCCAAAACGAUGACGAAUUGGAGGUAGACGAAGCAGAAAGGCAACUGGAAGAAGAAGUAAGGGAACUGGAAGAAGGAAUUAACCAAACCGCUGAGAGAAUUUUGGAGCUCAGAACCACACUUCCGCAUCAGCUUAAAACUACUCUCGCUUCCCUUCUUGUUGCUCAAAGACCCGUUUCUUAUGCGAGAUCCGAAUCUCAACCUGGCUGCUCCAGUGACCCACUCACCUCCGCCGUUGCAGGGCCUAGUCAACGUGGUGCCCCCUUAGCUGAAGAGGUACAGAAACAAGCUGAGAAAGUGCAGCUCCUUAAACAGAAGAUAUCAAGUAUUGGAUCCGCCUUACCUGUUGUAUUGAACAGGAGGAAGGAAUGUAUGGCAAGGAUUGACAAACUACAGCCGAACAAAAAAACCAUUCAUCCUGCCUUUAAAAGGAAAAGAACUAGCGGAUAAGCCCUGCUGGAUAUGCUUGGUAUGGUAUAGAACGUUCCGUUUAUUACUAGUAUAUUUAACAGCUUUGCCUGCUGCAGAACUCGUGAAAUGUCUUCCAGAGAAGUAUUCAUUGACAUAGAUCUAACAUAGUCGGGGAACACUUUCUUUCUGUACUUAAUUGAAUCAUUAGUUAGUUUGUAUGAUAGGAAUUUCUUAGUAGUGUUAGGGUUAGGUUAUGAUGAUGAGAUGAAAACAUGUAGAGUAAUCCAUUUAGUUAGAGGUUAUGAUUCUUGUGGUGCUACAUUGUACAAACCUUAUUCUGUAUCCUCGGAUAGAAUUUCAGUUAUUGUUGCUGUUGGGCAUGUGCUGAGCAAAAGCUUUGAACUCC